GCGCAUGCCUACGUCGUCAUCAUCAUUUGUCUUUGAGUGGACGCUCUAAUUUGACUCUCAGAGGCCUGGUGUUUAUCAUGGCGUGUUGUACAUCACGCUGUGUGCUUGUCGUCAUUUUCGUCUUUCAAUUAGUUGCCACCGUCGAGCGGCUCGUCUUCGACUUUCUCGGUCAGAUGUGGACGCCUGUCAUCAUCAAUUUCGUCAACAUGGCGUUUGUCAUAAUCGCCAUGGUCGCCGUUUCGCGCUUUAGAGCGAAACUCAUCGUGCUGUAUUUGUUUUGGUGUGUCGUCUGGAUCGCUCUCAACACUGUCGUUAUUCUUAUCUAUUUGGAAGUGGACUUCUUUAUUACGAACGAUCAAAACAAGGCGGACAAUGACUACUUGAAUAUUAAUACGGGCCACACGACGUGGUUCACAGAACACGGAUUUGGCUGUAAAGUGAAUGAAACAACAACCAUCAGUGUUAUCGGGAAUGCCACCACUGUUUCUACUGUGGACAAAGACGUGACUGGUUGUUUCUUGGACUACAAGUUUGUGGAGAUUAUUCAAGCUGGUGUUCAAAUACUUUUUGCUAUUUUCGGAUUUGGGCUCGGAGUAUAUGUGGCUAUAACCAUCAGCGACGACGAUGACCAUUUUGACUACCUCGGACCGGAGGGAAUCGAUUCGUUCAGUAAUGUCAGUUACGAAGCGGGACAUAAAUCAGGUCACAUGCAGCUACAAGCAAUACCGUCAUAGUUGACUAUUCGAAAUCAGGAUUAGAAGCUUGAGUAUCGGUGGCCGAUUCCAAUUUGUAGAAACAAACAGUGGCAUUGGGCAGCAGUGCUGUAGUCUCUAAUGUUAGUCGUUUGUAGAUGUACAUAGGCUAUAUUGGUUGCUAUGGAUUGCGUAGCUAUGUUUCAUAUUCACAGAUAUUUUAGCCACGAGACUUAUGGUACACCACAA